AUGUAUCGGAAGUUGUCUAAGUUAGAACACUCGGAAAUAAAACAACUUCUUACAGAAGCUAACAUAGAAGUAGCAAAACAUUACGCAACAAACAAAAAAGCACUCGCUGACUUCAUUAAAGACUAUAAUGGUGCAAUAAGUUAUGAUAGAAUUCAUGAGUUCAUAAAGCCGCAACGCGGCGAGGACGAAGUCCAUGCAAGAGCAUUUCCUUUAAAUGACGUUGCUAUUGACUUAUAUCAUAGACGUUCAGUACCUCAUGAAGUAAGAAGAGAAAUGUUUGACAUAACAAAUGCAAACGUUGGUGAAACAAGAAGAAGAGACGACACACUGAAACAACAGAGAAGAGAGAU